AUGAACCACCACCACCACACGCAGCAGCAGCAACAGAAAGCCGGCGAGCAGCAGCUCAGUGAACCGGAGGACAUGGAGAUGGAAGCUGGGGAUACAGAUGACCCUCCAAGAAUCCCGGCCAACCCAGUGAUCAAUGGUAACGUGGCCAUGGCAGAUGGACACAACAAUACAGAGGAGGACAUGGAGGAUGACACCAGUUGGCGGUCAGAGGCAACUUUUCGAUUUGUCGUUGAGCGCUUCAGCCGCCUGAGCGAGUCCGUGCUCAGCCCGUCCUGUUUUGUUCGGAACCUGCCCUGGAAGAUCAUGGUCAUGCCGCGCUUCUAUCCCGACCGGCCGCACCAGAAGAGCGUGGGCUUCUUCCUGCAGUGCAACGCAGAGUCCGACUCCACGUCAUGGUCAUGCCAUGCACAGGCCAUGCUGAAGAUCAUCAACUACAAAGACGACGAGAAGUCGUUCAGUCGCAGGAUCAGUCACCUGUUCUUCCACAAAGAGAACGACUGGGGUUUCUCCAACUUCAUGUCCUGGAGUGAUGUGACUGACCCAGAGAGAGGCUUCAUUGAUGAUGACAAAGUCACAUUUGAAGUCUACGUCCAGGCCGAUGCCCCACACGGAGUGGCCUGGGACUCAAAGAAACACACAGGAUAUGUUGGACUGAAGAACCAGGGAGCCACCUGCUACAUGAAUAGCCUGCUACAGACACUCUUCUUCACAAACCAGCUACGGCGGGCGGUCUACAUGAUGCCCACAGAAGGGGAUGACUCCUCCAAGAGCGUCCCUCUGGCGCUGCAGAGGGUUUUCUAUGAGCUGCAACACAGCGACAAGCCUGUUGGCACCAAGAAACUCACCAAGUCCUUCGGAUGGGAAACACUAGAUAGCUUCAUGCAACACGAUGUACAGGAGCUGUGCAGAGUGCUCCUGGACAAUGUUGAGAACAAAAUGAAAGGAACUUGUGUCGAGGGAACGAUUCCUAAGCUCUUCAGAGGGAAAAUGGUGUCAUAUAUCCAGUGUAAGCAUGUGGACUACCGAUCUGAACGGAUAGAGGACUACUAUGAUAUUCAGCUUAGCAUAAAAGGAAAGAAAAACAUCUUCGAGUCAUUCAAAGAUUACGUUGCAACUGAACAGUUAGAUGGGGACAACAAAUACGAUGCGGGAGAGCACGGCCUUCAGGAAGCAGAAAAAGGAGUCAAGUUCCUCACCUUUCCUCCGAUCCUUCAUCUGCAGCUGAUGCGCUUCAUGUAUGAUCCACAGACUGACCAAAAUAUCAAGAUUAAUGACAGGUUUGAGUUUCCAGAUCAGUUACCUCUGGACGAGUUCCUCCAGAAGCCAGACUCCAAGGACCCAGCCAACUACAUCCUCCAUGCAGUGCUGGUGCACAGCGGGGACAACCAUGGCGGUCACUACGUCGUCUAUCUUAACCCAAAAGGAGACGGCAAAGUGAGUGUCAAGGAACCAAUAUGGUGUAAAUUUGACGAUGACGUCGUGUCACGGUGCACCAAGGAAGAGGCCAUAGAACACAACUACGGCGGACACGAUGACGACCUCUCAGUCCGCCACUGCACCAACGCCUACAUGUUGGUUUACAUUCGUGAGUCCAAGCUCAGCGAAGUGCUUCAGCCCAUGACUGACGUGGACAUCCCUCAGCAGCUGGUGGAGCGUCUGCAGGAAGAGAAGAGGGUGGAGGCACAGAAGAGGAAGGAGCGCCAAGAGGCUCACCUCUACAUGCAGGUUCAGAUGGUGACAGAGGACCAGUUCUGUGGUCAUCAGGGCAACGACAUGUACGACGAGGAAAAAGUCAAAUACACAGUCUUCAAAGUCUUGAAGAGCUCCACGCUGCAGGAGUUUGUGCAGAACCUCUCCCAGACCAUGGGUUUCCCACAGGAGCAGAUGAGGUUGUGGCCCAUGCAGGCCCGAAGCAACGGCACAAAGCGGCCUGCCAUGCUGGACUACGAGGCUGACUGCAACAAGUCGAUGAUCGACUUGAGUGACAACGAGAACCCCUGGACAAUAUUCCUGGAGACGGUGGAUCCAGAGAUGGCAGCCAGCGGGGCCACGCUACCCAAGUUCGACAAAGACCAUGAUGUCAUGUUGUUUUUGAAGAUGUAUGACCCCAAAACCAGAAGCUUAAAUUAUUGUGGACAUAUCUACACCCCUAUAUCCUGCAAAAUAAGAGACCUGCUUCCAGUCAUGUGUGAGAGAGCAGGGUUUCAGCAGGAAACUAGCCUUAUCCUCUAUGAGGAAGUAAAGCCCAAUCUAACAGAGCGUAUACAGGACUAUGAUGUCUCUCUGGACAAGGCCCUGGAUGAGCUCAUGGACGGGGACAUCAUUGUCUUCCAGAAGGACGACCCAGAGAAUGACAGCAGUGAGCUGCCGACAGCCAAGGACUAUUUCCGGGACCUCUACCACCGGGUGGACGUCAUUUUCUGUGACAAGACCAUCCACAACGACCCCGGCUUCGUGGUCACACUGUCGAACCGCAUGAACUAUUUUCAGGUGGCGAAGACGGUAGCGCAGAGGUUGAACACGGACCCCAUGCUGCUGCAGUUCUUCAAGUCACAGGGGUACAGGGACGGUCCAGGGAAUCCUCUCAGACACAACUAUGAGGGAACGCUGCGGGACCUGCUGCAAUUCUUCAAACCUCGUCAGCCCAAGAAACUCUACUACCAGCAGUUGAAGAUGAAGAUUACGGACUUUGAGAACAGGAGGAGUUUUAAAUCCAUAUGGCUCAACAGUCAGUUCAGAGAGGAGGAGAUCACCCUCUACCCUGACAAGCAUGGCUGUGUGCGGGACCUUUUGGAAGAAUGUAAAAAGGCAGUGGAGCUGUCUGAAAAAGGCUCAGAGAAGCUCAGGCUGUUAGAGAUAGUAAGCUAUAAAAUCAUCGGGGUUCACCAGGAGGACGAGCUGCUAGAAUGUUUAUCUCCUGCUGCCAGCCGCACCUUCAGAAUAGAGGAAAUUCCUCUGGACCAGGUGGACUUGGACAAGGACAGUGAAAUGCUCAUUCCUGUCGCUCACUUCCACAAGGAAGUCUUUGGCACCUUUGGGAUUCCCUUCUUGCUCAAGAUCAGACAGGGCGAGUCAUUUCGAGAGGUAAUGAGGAGGAUCCAGACCAUGCUGGACAUCCAGGAGAAAGAAUUUGAAAAGUUCAAGUUUGCGAUUGUGAUGAUGGGCCGGCAUCAGUACAUCACCGAGGAUGAGUACGAGGUCAACCUGAAGGACUUUGAACCACAGCCAGGUAACAUGUCCCACCCGCGCCCCUGGCUAGGGUUGGAUCAUUUCAACAAAGCUCCAAAGAGAGGUCGCUACACUUACCUGGAGAAAGCAAUCAAGAUCCACAACUAAACGCAGCCCCCCCCCCCCCCUCCUCUGAGUCCUCCUCCUCCUCCACCUCCACCUCCCGACCUACUUUAACAAACCAUAACCACAGACUGUAACCAACCGUGUGCGCCCGCGUGUGUAAGCGUGUUUGUGUGCAAGAGACCGUUUGAGUGUGUGCGCUUGUGCGUGCGUGUGUGCGUGCGCACGUGCGCGCGUGUGUGUGUAACCAUCACUUUAACAGGCCGCCUGGACACCUCUACAGCUCUACACCGGCACCAUGUCUCUAGUGAUGCGGAUCUCGCUGCAGCUGAUGGAUUAUUCGUCAACCACAAAAAUAAAUUGCACCAACCACCUCCUGACUGUUCAUUUUGUUGUAUAUUUUCUUUUUUUUUUUUUUUUUUCAAUUGUCUCCACUAUGUUUGAGGCUGUUUGGUUUGUUUUUUGUUUUUUUCUUUUCUUUCUGGCUUCUCUACCCAUCGCCUGCUUUUUGUUGCCUGUUUGGAAGUGGGAGAGAUGAAGUUGUAUUUUAAGUUAAAGAAGUGAAGAGGGGAGAGGAUCUUUUGCAUCCCCCCCUGCCCCACACACACAUACUCUCACACACACUCACACACCUUUUUUUUUUUUUUUUUUUUUUCCAUCCACGUGACUCACCAAAUGUUUUUCCCUUCACUUUUUACAAGGAGUUGUUUUUAAUAUAGAGUUGUUGAAAGGAGCACUGCGCUGCUUUUAUGCAGUUUGAUGGAAUGUUUGUUGCGAGGACUGACUUAGAAAACGAGUGGGGCAGAGGGGGGCCAACGGUCUCUUUUUUUGGAAAUGUGUUUUUAGAAAAAAAAAAAAAACUGCUGCGACCCUGUCAUCCACCCUGAAACUGUCGAGUUGCCCCGAUCAGGUUCUUGUUGCUUUCUGCUCCUCUAGUGCAACAAAAAUCAGUAUUUCUGAGUUUACACACAAUUCUUCUUUCUCUUAGUUUCGGUUGGAGGAAAAAAGUUGGUUUUUUUUUUUGGUUGUGUUUUCCCUCUCUUUCUGCAGAUCUUGUAUAAUAAAAUGGAAAAAAAAAAAUCUGCAAAGCGGCAUCUGUUUUAAAAAUAAAUUUUGGGUAAAAUGAGGCGAGCUGUCUGUAUUUCAUCUUGAGCGUCGGAGGUUUCUCAGGACUGGCAAAAAAUGUACAUUUUGGUUGCUUGGUGAUUUUUCAAGGAACACACACGUGCACGAACAAUACACCCUUUGACUUUCUCUUCCUUUUAUUUUUUUUCCUUUUGAGGCGGGGGUGUUCAAUGUUUUUAUUUUUUUUAUUUUUUUUUUUCCUCAGUCAUUCCUCCUCUGAUUGCAAACACGCACACACACGAGCUUGGCCUCCCCCCCCCCCCCCCCCCCCCCCCCUCCCGUCACCCCUGUUGAUUGAACCUGGUUGGGAGCGGCGGCUGCGCUGUGCUUGGUAGGGAGCUGCAGACACUUAGAGCCCCCCAGGUCUGAGGAUUGUGUAGAGACAAAAAA